AUGGCAAAGUCUGAUGCAAAGGUUAGUCAAGGUAAACGAAAUUCUGCACCUAAUGCUAUCAAUAACGUGAAGACAAGACGUUAUUCGCUUUGGAAUUUCUGGAUAUGUGCUACGGUGUUGAAAGUGUUACUAUUCCCAGGUUAUUAUAGCACAGAUUUUGACGUACAUAGAAAUUGGUUGGCCAUCACUAACAAACUCCCACUGAAUAAAUGGUAUGUGGAAUCUACUAGUCAAUGGACUCUUGAUUAUCCCCCAUUUUUUGCAUAUUUUGAAUGGUUCCUUUCUCAAUUUGUUCCAAAAUCAGUGGCAGAAGAUGGGUGUUUGGAUAUAGUAAAAGUCGGCAGCUUCGGUUUGCCAACUAUUAUAUUUCAAAGAAUUACAGUUAUAUUGAGUGAAUUGGUGCUUUAUGCCGCCCUUCAAGUUUUCAUCAACACUAGUGAUAUUUCAGAGAAGAGUGCCAACUUUGUUGUGGCCAGUAGUAUUGUUUUGUCUCCAGGACUUUUGAUAGUAGACCAUAUACACUUCCAGUACAAUGGUUUCCUUUUCGGAAUAUUAAUAUCUUCAAUUGUGGCAGCCAAAAAUAAGAGAUAUAUACUAUGUGCGGCGUUCUUUUCCAUUGCAUUAUGUUUCAAGCACAUCUUUUUGUAUCUUGCCCCAGCUUAUUUUGUCUUUUUACUUAGAGCAUACGUGCUUGAUUUCAGCAGUUUCAAAUUUAGGUCCUACAAAGAUCUUAUAUCAAUUGUACAGUGGUCGAAUUUACUUAAAUUGGCAUCAGUUGUCAUGGGUAUAUUUUCGUUGGCUUUUUUGCCCUUUAUUACAACAUGGCAACAAUUAUUAGCGAGAUUAUUUCCCUUCUCUAGAGGUCUCACACAUGCUUAUUGGGCACCAAAUGUUUGGGCGGUGUACUCUUUCACUGAUAAAGUUCUUACCGUUUUAGUUUUGAAACUACCAUAUUUGCAAAAGAUUCUAAGCAUCGUCUUGACUUCUAUGCCAAAGACUGCUGCUGAUAUUCAUGUCAGGAUUGAGUCAAACAACUCAGGCACUCGUGGAUUGGUUCAAGAUGUGUUUUUCGUUGUUCUUCCUCAAAUUACCCCCAAGUUAACUUUCUUAUUAACUCUAUUCUAUCAGAUCUUGGCUGUCGUCCCAGUUUUAUUCGAUCCAUCCUUCAAGAGGUUUGUAGGUUCUUUGACCCUAUGUGGGUUUGUCUCCUUCUUAUUUGGCUGGCAUGUUCAUGAAAAGGCUAUUAUGUUAGUUAUCUUUCCAUUUUCCUUCUUAGUUCCUUUCGAUAGAAGGCUUUUGACACCAUUCACAUUGUUGGCCUCUGCGGGAUAUGUGUCUUUAUUCCCAUUGCUUUACGAAUCUCAAGACUUUUUACUAAAAUUCUUGUACACUUUCAUCUGGUGCAUUUUAUACUUCUAUGCUAUGGGUCAGACGAGUAAGGUCAACAGAAGCGGUGUAAGAAGAAUUUUUUUCUUUGAUAGAUUAGCAAUUUGUUAUUACUUGCUUUUGAUACCAAUGGUCUUAUUUGUGCAGGCCUUAGAUGUGCUCAAACACAAGUACGCCGCUCUCGACAAAUAUGAGUUUUUGGGACUAAUGAUCUACUCCAUUUACUGCUCCAUCGGGGUCUUAAGCUCCUGGAUAGGGCUUUCUUGGUUGUUCAAUUUUGAUGAGCCAAUGUGGAAUUAA